AACCUUUUUCCUCAAAAAUAUCUCAAAAUUUUUUAGAAGUCUAUAAUUUGUAACAUUAUGGCUCACAUGGAAGCAUUUCAAUGUCCAUCCAAUGUUCCAUCUGAGUAUAAGGAAAUUGUUUUAGAUACUUUAUGUAAAAUGGAAAACCAUAUUGAAACUAGAGGAUCUAGGAAUCAAUGGAAUUUAGAUGAUUUUGAAAUCGGUGCACCUUUAGGCAGAGGUAAAUUUGGCCGGGUUUACUUGGCUAGAGAGAAAACUACACAUUAUAUGGUAGCAUUGAAAACUUUAUACAAAGUGGAAUUAAUGAAAGGACGUGUAGAAAAACAAGUGAUGCGUGAAAUUGAAAUUCAAACACACUUAAGGCAUCCUCAUAUUCUGCAAAUGUUAACGUAUUUUCAUGAUCAUAAGCGCAUCUAUCUUGUAUUAGAGUUUGCUGCUCGAGGAGAAUUAUAUAAGGAAUUAAAGAGACAACCAAAUGAAAGAUUUAAUGAACACUUAUCUGCCAAGUAUACUUAUCAAGUAGCGGAUGCUUUAGAAUACUGUCAUAGAAAUAAUGUAAUUCAUAGAGAUAUAAAACCUGAAAAUUUAUUACUUACAUAUGAAGGUAAUGUAAAAUUGGCAGACUUUGGAUGGUCUGUCCAUGCACCAUCAUCUAAGAGGAAUACAUUGUGUGGAACAUUAGAUUACUUACCUCCAGAAAUGGUAACAGGACAAACAUAUGAUAUAUAUGUCGAUCAUUGGUGUUUAGGUAUUCUCUGUUAUGAAUUUCUUGUGGGUAAACCACCUUUUCUUAGUGAUUCACAGCAAGAAACUUACGUGAAAAUAAAAACAAUAAACAUACAGUGGCCAGAACAAAUUACACCAGGAGCUAAAGAUUUGAUAUCAAGGUUAAUUAAACGGAGAAGCUCGGAAAGAAUCUCUAUGGCUGCUGUAAAAAGACAUUUUUGGAUAAUGAAAUAUAAAGACAUACAUUAGUUUUAAAGGAAUAACAAAAAUUAUUUGAAAUAUAUUUUUUAUUACAAGACAAUUAUUAUUAAUGAAAUAUAAAGACUUACAUUAGUUUUAAGGGAAUAACAAAAAUUAUUUGAAAUAUAUUUUUUAAAUUGGUAUAUAAAAUUAUUUCAAUAAUAACAUAAUUUUUAUGGCCAAUUUAAAUUAAUCCCUGUUACAUCUAAUGCGACUAUAUCGAUUUCGACAUUAAGAAUGUCGCAUAAACUUGGUUUA